AUGGGGUGGAGAGGGGCAACAGGAGGGGUACCUGGAGCUCGGCCGCCUGAGACAACAACUGAAGCGGCUCGCCGUAGAUCUGACACGGUUGGAGGACCCGUCGCCCGCGCGCACAAGAUUGCCUCUGCCUACAGGAAGGCCUGCUCGUGGAUGCACGUGAGCCAAGCAGGAGAGGUGCGGCAUUGCGCGCCAACGCCGCUCGUAGUUGUCGCUGGCGGCUUCCGGCGGAGGCGUGCGGCCGUGGGCUCAAGGAGAGGUUCGGGACGGUCUGGGCUCGACGCCCUGGCGGUAGCACCCGCCAUUUUGGACGCCGCGGGAGGUGAGGGACGAGGCUGCAGCCGCGGCAAUGGGAAGGGAGUCGGAGCCGGUGGACGAGCCGGGGUGGCCGCAGCCGCCGUGCCUGCGCCCGCCGGCCGCUCCGGGGUGGCCGGAGCCGCCACUCCGGGCAGCUGGGGCCCCCGCCCGCGCCGGGAUGGCCGGGACCGGAGCGUCCGGGGCCUCCGCGCCUGCGCCGGGAUGUCUCGCUGGUUGCAGGCGCCCGUGCCGCCGCUCGCUCGCCGGAUGAGCCCGAGAAGGUUCCCGAGGUUUCGGGUUUACAACGAAACGGGUAGAGACCAAAUCGAUCCGCAAUCGAACGGCCACCAUCGCAAGUUCGCCAGAUCGAACGGCUUACGGCUUAACGGGCGACGUGGCACGAUGUCACCGUUGGUUGAGGAGUUGGGCUUGAAGAUAAAUAAUCAUGACAUCUGCCGCAUUGACAUUGCGGCCCCAGUGCUUAAGGAGGUGACACUGGAGGUAGAUAUUGCCAAAGGCUUCAGUUUGUCCUUCUUGGCCCCAAUGGUGAAGAAACUCAGAUGGGGUUGCUCUUAUUCGUACGUUUCUGUUGGGUUCGGCCAGAUAUGGCGCCUUCUGAGCGUAAAGGAGCGUGAGCUAGAUGAUUUCCAUGUCAUCUCGCUGAUCAUAAUGAGUUCUGCUAAUCCAAAUGGUCUUCUGUAUGCAGAAUGGAGCAUUACACAAGUGAUGGCUCAUCUUCCAGUGACUGCUUUUUCUGUUUUAGAGCUGGAUCUCGAAACAGAGAGGCAUACUUUUGGACCAAUGAUGUUGUGUCUGCUUCGGAUUCAACCAACUAUGCAAAAGCUUAAGGUGGUCCUAGCACGUGACAAGGUACGAGUGCCCUGCCCAGUAAACUGUCCUUGUGAACAUCCUAUCAACUGGAGAAGUGAAGGUUUCUUCCUUUGCGAUCGCCCCCCUCACUGCAACCAGCAAUACAGCCUGGCGCUACAGCCUGCAGAUAUCGCCGUAUCUUGCCAUGGCCGGCGCCGGCGUGAGCGUUGGCUGAUUGGAGCAAUAUCAACAUGUCAGUUUAUAAAAUUUAAUGAUUGUUUUAAUGAGUUCAAGGAGCUAGCUCAGGCUUAUGAGGUCCUCAGUGAUCCUGAAAAGCGAGAGAUUUAUGAUCAGUAUGGUGAGGAUGCGCAAUGUGAUAUGAUACUUCUGUUACAAGAAUGCAGUGUUCAAUCCGUUAGCUGA